CAGAAGCCGUUGACGGCUCUAAUAGUGACGGAUCGACCCCCCGCAAUAUUAUUUUAUUUUUCCUUUUUCAUUUGUUUUGUGGAAAAAAAGAAAAAGGAGUACAAGUAAGCUUCACUGCACACAUCCGUCCUCAGCAAUCCCCAUCAGAUCUCUUCAACACAUAAUCCUGUUUUGAGCUUUUGUAAGAGAUUGUGCUAACGGUAGCUAGUACACGAUUAUUGCUAAUAACUCCACGAUACAACCUCGAGACAAGUCGGGACAAGACAAGUCUCAGGACUCACCAUACUCAAUGAGCGUACAGCGCAAUGUCAGAGCGCUCUGGGCAAACGGCAAAGGGGAAGGAUGGCAAAACCAAGUAUGCGUCUCUCAACCUGUUUGAUACCUACAAAGGAAAGAGCCUUGAAGCACAGAAGCCAGUUGUUGCCCCUCGUCAUGGCUUACAGUCUCUUGGUAAAGUUGCCUCUGCACGGCGCAUGCCCCCCCCUGCCAACUUGCCUAGUUUGAAGGCGGAGAACAAAGGCAACGACCCCAACGUCUCGCUCGUUCCCAAAGACGGCACAGGAUGGGCAAGCAAGCAGGAACAAGCAGACCCAAAGAGUACCGAUGUAUUGUCAGCAGCGCAGCCGGAGUCGCAGCAGCCUGUGGCCUCACAGACAUCUGCGCCGAGCAUACCGAGAACACCCCCAGCUCAAGAGCCUCCGGCUCCAGCUCUAGCCGUAGGGCCAAGGUCUUGGGCUCCGGCCAGUGUUACACAUGGAGCACAAGGAGAUGGUGGAAAGGGAUCAAACCAACCGUCGCCAUUCUCUCGCGAGGAAUUUCCCACCCUGCAGGCGGCUGGAGACCAGGACAGAGCUGGCAAAGAACAGGCCACUGCAGAUCAGUGGUAUGGGCCAGGACCAAGCCUCCGCCCCCAGAACGUUACAAGUUGGCGGGAUGGUGGGGGCCGGGCAUUGGCACCCACCCUGGCUGGGGAGGCAGUUGCGGAGGGCGGUGCUGGGGGAGUCAUGCUGAUGGAGGGUGCUGCUGGGGCCCCUCCCAUCCAACAGCAGAAUGCAUCUUCUCAUGGGCCGCCGAGAACUCCCCCAACCAGCAACCCCGCGCUUCCCCUCCCCCAGCCACCUAUUGGCCCGCAGUUCCAGGCUUACAGAGGGAUCAUGCCUCCCUUCAUGUAUCCACCAUACCUGCCCUUUCCACCCCCUUAUGGUCCACAGGGACCUUAUAGGUACCCACCUCCAAAUGAGGCUCCUAGGUUUUCUCGGAACCAGGGUGGAGUAGGGCCAGAUGGGCGACCCCCUGGAGGUCCCCGGGGUGAAGUGGUAAAACGCCCAUCCAUCCUCAAACAGGAUGACCUAAAAGAGCUGGAUGAGCUGGACCAUGAUGGAGAUGAGGGCUGGGCUGGAGCACAGGAGGAAAUUGACUACUCCGCAAAGUUGAAAUUCAGCGACGAUGAAGGAGAGGAUGAUGGGGAGGAAGAACGGGGUGAAAGCAAAAAUGGAACCCGUGAGUCAAGGGAGCAGCAGAGAUCCCAAGAUGGACCUGUACCUGUUUCACGUUCCAGGGCAUCCGACAGUGGAGGGGAUUCACGCCGCACCCCUCCUUCCAGUACUGAAGAUGGCUCCGUGUCCCCCUCCAGCAAGCCAGGCUGGGCCGAGGAGGGAGGUAGCAGCUGGAGCAGUCAAGCAAAUGCAGGAUCUUAUCAGGACCGGCCUUCAAACCAGUCACCAGUACCUGGCCCAAUCCUGGCCCCCCAGAAGCCCAGUAGUGCUCAUGCACAGCAGCAGGCAGGGACAGUGCCUGGUGGGCCAACUCCUCCUCCCUCCAACACCCUGCACCCUCAGCAACAGGGUGAGGAUGAAGAUGAGACAUGGCGGCAAAGGAGAAAGCAGUCAUCAACCGAGAUAUCUGCAGCAGUAGAGCGUGCCCGUCGACGCCGUGAAGAGGAGGAACGGAGGAUGCAGGAGGAGCGUCGUGCUGCCUGUGCAGAGAAGCUGAAAAGACUUGAUGAAAAACAGCAGCAACAGACAAUAAAACCCAGCAGCCCCAGUGAUGCUCCGGCCAACAGCCCCAGUCCUUCUUUGUCUGCACAUGCCUCAUCUCCUAAUGUCAGUCAGCCAUCAUCACCCUGCGUGGACACUGAAGAACCACCUCUGUUAUCCGCUCAAGGAAGUGGUGCAACUCUGGGGCUUACUAAUAACAACAGACAGAGGGCUGGUAGCAACAGCAGCCACGACUCCAACAAUGAGUCCCAGCAGGUUCUGCAGCCUCAAGCCACCCAGCAUCCACAAUCCCAGGAUGUCCCAGGGCCUGGAGAUAUCAAGGAGGAACAUGUGGUGGGUGGUCCACACAUCCGCAGUACUAGAGUUGGAGAUGAUUCAGUGAAGGUGGUUGAAUGUAUUGGUGUAACAGGACGGCAAGGAAGUGGUCCAUCUGGUCAAGGCUUUUCCAAGUAUCAAAAAUCGCUUCCUCCUCGCUUUCAGAGGCAACAACAGGAGCAACUUCUCAAACAGCAACAGCAGUGGCAGCAGCAACAACAGCAACAUAACCAGGUUGCUCAAAAUCAGUUGCAGUCCCAGCCUCAGAAUCAGCAGGGCCCCUCUCCAGGUACCGCACCACAGUCUGGACCCAAACAGCCAACCCUUUAUACUCCUGGCUCAAUGGGACGUCCUCCACCUCUUCCUAUGAACUUUGAUCCGCGCUGGAUGAUGAUGCCCUAUAUGGACCCCCGAAUGAUGCAGGGACGCCCCCCUCCUAUGGACUACUAUCCUCCAAGCAUGCAUCCUUCUGGGAUGAUGAAUCGAGAGCGUUCUGAUUCAGGUGGCUCUGGGUCAGAUCCCUUUGAUAGGCAGCAGCAUGCUGGACCCCCUCAUUCCCAUCGUGGUACACCCCCCAUGGAUCCCAAACUGGCUUGGGGACCAGAUGUUUUUCCAGGAGGAACAGAGGGACGAGGUCUAAGCUCCCCUUUACGUCAGAAAGCAGUUGAGGAAGAGGAGGCUGGCAAAGGUCAAAGAAGUGACACUCCUCCUGUUCGUAUGCGAGAAGGAGGCACAGCGUCUGUUCAGCAGCCUGGUGUGGCUCCCAGCUCUCCAUCUGGCUCAUCCAACCAAACCCCACCACCUCUGGGGCUUCAAGUUGGAGGUGGCCAGGGUGCAGGCCACCAUGCCCAUCAUCAACCCUUCUUGGAUGGGCGAGGAGGUUACAGUAGCUACACUGACAAUGGAUCCAGAAUGGGCUCCCACCUGCAGCAAAGGGCUAACAGUGGAGGGACACUGCAUGGUUUUAGCCAUCAGGAAGGUAGUCAACCGAGCCAAAUCUGGGGGACUCCUCAUCCCCAUUAUGACCGUUCUGAUCACUCUGCCUUGGACAGCAACUCUCACCACCAACAUCAUGGUCCUCCCUCUCAUGCCCCUCAUUUCUCUCUUCAUUCUCAUAAGCAAGAGAAUGGCAGGGAGCGAGAAAAAAUGGUGGAGCCAAAGAAGAAUGACCCUUCACCUCCACUCCAUCAGCCGUCCCUCUCCUCUUCAUGUUCAUCAUCAUCUUCGUCUUCCUCUGCCAGAGAAGAUGGCAGUGGAAAACAGUCUCUACAUAAUCAAGUUCCACCACUGCAUGAGCAUGAAACUGGAUCCACUCAUGUUUCAGGAAGGAAACAGGAGAAGACAGGAAAUGCGCAUAAUCAGCCCCUACAGCAUUCUGGGCAGCAGCACCACCCUAGAGCCAAUCCUCGCAAUCGAGAGCACAAAACUGAGACACACUGGGGCCCGAGGCCUGGUAGCAGUAGUAUGAGUGGAAGCUCUACCCAUAACAGAAAGACAGGGUCUGGAAUUAUUGCAAUUACAGAACAAUCUGGAAACCAGGGCGCUGAGAACAAGUCUUUUAACCAAUCAGAUGGCAUCACAGUCAAGCGGGCAGGUCCUAUUAAGAGACCAGUUCUUAAAGAGAUUAAAAGGGAGGGUGGUGAAGGAGGAGGAGAAAAGACUACUGGAGGCUCUGGUAAAGAUAAAGAACAAGAUGCAAGUCAAACCGCAACCAAACAAGAAUCUGCCACUGGGAAUCAAGUCACUUUAGCACCAAGUGGAAAAGAUGAUGCCGUCUCAUCAAAUAAACCCAGAACUGGUGGAAAGGAGCGAGGUAACACUGGGGGUUCAGGCAAAGGAUCCAAAAAUGGGGAAAGCUCCAUGCAGAAUUCUGGUUAUUCAGCCUCUCAGUCCAGGAGGGAAAGAGAACAUUCACCUGAAAGAGGGAGCACGACCUACCAUUCGUCCUCAUCCAGAGGUAGCCGAUCCAAUCGUGGCAGAGGAGAGUUCUAUGGUCGAGGCAGAGGCUACAGGGGCACUUACGUGGGUAGUGCUGGUGGUGGCAACCGUGGAAAAGCUGGUGGCAGGAACAGCAGGGAUUAUAGGCCAGCUGCCAAUAGUGGUUAUCACCAUGCAACUUCUAAGCAAGAUUACAAGCGGGAGGCAUCAUCUGGGAGUGGCAGACGUGGCACAUCUCAACCCAAUCCUGGACGUGCUAGGAACCGAAGUGAGACUCGAAGCGAAGGAUCUGAAUAUGAAGAGGUGCCAAAGAGGAGAAGACAACGAGGAUCUGAAACGGGCAGUGAGAGUGCUGGAAGUGACCUUGCUCACUCAGACAAGGAAGAUCGCAAGCUCAACACCAAGGCUGGAACUGUAGUGGAGAACCCUACAACUGGCCCUUCAUCUUCUGCUCCAGUCAGAAACACUCAGACUAGAGUAUUCACACCAAGGGGAGUCCCAUCAAGACGUGGUAGAGGUGGAGGUGGUGCUGGAGGGGGUCUCCAUAGAAGCGGAGGUGGUGCUGGAGUGUCUAGUGGACAAAGAUCUGGACCUAGCUCUUCUUCCCAUGGCUGGUCUGCAAAGUCUGCAAAUGUGCGAAAGCCACAGACAUCCUCACAGCCACCCCCUGCUAAAGAGUUAAGCCGUGGAGUGAAUGUGGACAAGAAGAAACCUGCAGAACAGAAUCAGCCUCAAAGUCAAAGUGCAAAUCCCACCACAACCGUUACCUCUGUGCCUACAAAUAUUCAACAGGGGUCCAAUGAGAAUGGAAAUGUUGGGGCACCAAUGUCUUCAACUAAUGCGCCAUCAAAUCCCACUGGCGCACCUACACAUUCUCUUCCUCUCUCUGCCCCAGAUGGGCGGAACUUCCCUAACAGGGGAUUUGAGCGCCCUCCUCGUCGUAGGCGCCAUGGACGAUCCCAGCAUCAGCAGGACAAGCCUCCCAGAUUCCGCAGACUGAAACAGGAGCGAGAGAAUGCAGCCCGUAUAAAUGGAAGCAGCGGAUUAAUUGAAGUCAUCGCUGCACAACAGCAACGCACUGCUCCACUGUUGCAAAAUUCCCUGCAACAAGCCAACAGCACUCCCAAUGUACCCGAUGCAGUAGUUGCGAAUGCAAAUCACAGUGUGUCCACAACUCCUAACAGUAAUAAUAAUAGCAGCAACCUUGCAGGUGGAAACCAAAAUUUCAAUAGUCACCACCACCAUCACUAUCAGGGUAACUCCCAGUCACACCCUCAGCACCAUCACAACCAUAACCCGGUCGGGGGCGCCAAAUCUCCAGAUGUCUCCAACCAGAACUCUGACCAGGCCAAUGAGGAAUGGGAAACUGCCUCAGAAAGCAGCGAUUUCACAGAGUUUCGAGAGAGAGAGGGUGGAGGAGGUGGUAAAUCCUAUUCCUCGCAUCACCAUCAUCACCACCACCACCAUCAUCCACCGGGAAGAGGCGGUGGAGGGGGCGGUGGUGGCGACAGAGAGAUGACGGCUAAAGAAUUAGCCUCUGGGAAGAGGAGCUUCUCCAGUCAGCGUCCAGGAAUGGAGCGGCAGAAUAGAAGGGUGAAUGCUGGUGGUGGUGGAGGAAAAGGCCAGAGGGGUCCGCCCGGCACUGGUGGGCCAGUGGGUGGAGCUGGCAAUGGUGGGGGUAAUCGUGGUGAGAGGCGUGGCAACUGGCCAUCUCCCAAGAACAGGAAGUGAAUUUUUUUUUUUGGAAAUGUUUCAAACGCAUCCCCAUAUCUUUGGCCACUUUUGUUUUCUGUAAAACUUCUUCCCCCUUAACAUGUUAACACUUUAUUAUUGUGAAAGAAUAGUUACCAAGACCAUGUACACAGUCUAGCUCUUUUGGUUGAUAGCUUUUUGUCCCUUAAUUGGAAAUUUACACUCGUGUCAUUUCACGCUCCUACAAUUCCUAAACUCUAUUGAGAUUUUACACAACACAGCCCAUUUUAAUGGAAGUAUUUCCUGACUGAACAUGCGUUCAACCCAAUUAUGUUUGCAUAUACAAACACAGUAAGACAUCAACCUGACAAAAAUGUGCUUAGUUUGUGUAUGCUGGGCACGUUAUGUGUAUUUCUUGUACGAAGUGUGGCUUAGUAUAAGGCCAAGGUUGGUGUACUUGUGUAUUAUUCACAUUACAUGUUGGAUUUUGGAAGUUGCUCUUUUAAUAAGAACAUAUGUAUCAUAAAUUAAUUUUCCCCACGUUAGUUUUCCAUUUCUAUCUCUUUUUAAAGGUGGAAAUGUCUUUUUCCCUUCAUUAAAAGUGUUUUAAUAAAUCCCCCUUCAUUUUUGUCCAAACUCACAUAUUACUGUGCUUGCCCACUAACAACCACAGCUCUUUUUUUGUUGUUGGAAUAUCACUGUCAUGCCCACUUAUUCAGAGCUACAUUGUAUAUUUUCUGUACGUUGGAGUCAUAGGUCUUCUCUGCUCAUUGCUUUGGGUUUUCAAAUAGCUUCAUAACCUGUUUUGACCUCCGCAUGGAAUUUUAGUCUAAUAGUGCACAUUAUACAUGUUUAUAUUAUUAGACAGAGUGAUCAUAAAUGAUGGUCCUUCAAACGAUUCCCUUCACGGAUUACAUUGUUAGGGCUCUUUUUUUUUCCUGUUGUGAGCAAAUCCGAUUACUCUUAGCCUUUGCCUCAGAUCCUCAUUAGAUUUUUUGUUGUUGUUGUUGAGAAUAUCCGUUACAGAUUUUCUUUUGUCUUGCACUUACUUCUAUUAAGCCAGUAAACUCCAAAACUCUCCUUUAGAUCGUUCUGUCUUUUCUUUCUCCUCCAAAUGAUUAGCUGUAUAUCGGACAUCUUCUUUAACUGGAUGUCAUACUGCAGUUCCAGGUGAUUGAACAUGAAAGUAUUGUGCUAUUGUUAUAUUCACUUACCAUUUCUAGGUAGUGUAGAGAAUCGCUCUUCAAUCACCAUCUGCAUUGUAAAUUCCCUUUUAUUUUCUCUCCUCGAAGUAAAGAAACCUACACAAGCUCUUUCUCCAGUGUGUAUUCCCACAAUGUCCCACAAAACAUGUCUCAGAACUAUGAGCAGCUGUCCUGCUCAUAUCCUCGGACUGAUCUUCAAUUUACCAGACAUCUCAUUGAGACAAAAGUCAAUGCCAAGGAGUCUGCGGCCCUUAUGAGUAGUGUUACAAAAUGAGACAUUGGUUCAAUGUGCAAUAUGCCUGACGUCAAACAAAACCUGCCCAUCUAGGGAGCCUGAGCCCAGGUUAACACGAAACCACAAACGCUUGACGUCUGAAAACAACGGAUCAAAGCAUUGUUCCCUCCUCAUUUUGACCAGCAUCUGUAUCCUAAUGGUGUAAGUUGGGGUUUGUUUGUUUCUUCUGGGAAUGCCUUGGUCUAAUGAAUAGCUUUGAAAUAAUAUGUAGGGCUUUUUUGAAUGAAAUGUAUGUGUGAGUAGGGCAUUUAAAAAACAAAUGUAUGUGUGAGUUUAUAUCUGAUCUCUACAUGUAACGUGCUCUUUUGAGGGUAGAACGCUUUGUGAAAGGCGAACUCAAAUCCCAAUCGCCCACCUUUUCUGACACUAUUAGGAUGUUUAUUUUAUCUAGGAUAUUUUCAUUAUAUACAUUCAAGUGUGUGUAUAUGUUAAUCCAAACGAAGUGGAGUGGAAAAAAAGUUAAAUCAAUAUAUAUAUAUUUUUUCCUAUCUACUAAGAAAAAGCACUAAAACUGAUUUAUUUUACUUGCAGACAUUUCACCAAGCAUGGUUUCAUCCUCAGAUACAGCUUGGUUGGUCUAGUUGCUGUUUAUCAUCCCUCUUAAACUUCAUUGAUGUGGUCACAUUAUUAUAUGUACCGAUAUUUGAAUAAAACUGAAUAGAAAACGUGUAUUCCUCGAAAUACUCAGAGAUUGUAUUAUACUUCUAACUAUAUACCAAGGUACCUGAAGUUGUUACUGCUGUCCUAGCAUUUAUGGCUUAUUAUCGGAACCUUGAUAUACACACAUGUAUGUAUAUUGGUAUGCAUCUGAGUUUGUCCGCCCCAACUUACAUUCCCACACACAAUUGUUGCCAUUUUAAGUUCAAGGGAGCAAUGUACAAGCAGAGAAGUGUCUUAUUAUAAUAAAAAAAGUAUACAGAGAAAAAGUUAAAUAAAAAUCUUUUGUUUUAAUGGAA